AUGGGACAGCCAGUGAAUGAAGCAGGAAAUGUACGGGUUUCUCUUUCCAAGGGUUCAUACAAACGUUUUCUGUUUCAGAACAUCCGAUUCUCACCGAAGAAAGCGAUCGAAUGUAGGGAUGAGUGCAUGCCGUACUGCACACCGCAAUGUCUGGAUGCCUAUUUGAUGGCAGACAAAAACUCGAAACCGAAAGUCUGUAAAGCAGGUGCAUUUGUUUAGACGCCCCAAACUAUUUUCAUCCGAAAUUAUUCCAGUUUGCAUGCCGGAAUGCUCUGACGAAUGUGUGAGCGCUCCACCACUCAUGGUCCCGUGUGUUUUCGAUAAUGUUUGUCACUGUCCGGCUGGGUAACCAGAUGCUCACAAUCAGUAGACAAAUGAACAUCCUUAAAUUUCAGAUAUGUGAGGUGUAGUGAAAUGACUUGCUGCAUGAAAUACCGAACAAUGGCGGUGCGGUACAAGAACCGAAUGACAUCCAUGUCAUUCAGCGACGAUGAAGAAAGUGAUCCUGUGAAUGUGAGUUACUGUGUUUGCUCAGAUAUAUUCAAGUCAAAUUUGCGUUCAGUCCGCUGGAAAUGAGACGUCUGUCUACAUGUCAGAGCUGAGAAGGAUGGGAGGUUCCCCGACAGUCAAAUCUACGACGAUUUCAAUGAGAACUCUGCCGAAUAACAGUACUUUUCCGUUGAGCUUUCCGUUUCGAGCAGCAUUAUUUCAGGCUCAAUUGUAUAUUAUCCAGAACAAGGGAAAGCUGAAAUUCUGAAGAAAGAUGGAAGUGUAAUCGUUGAAGUUAUGGAAUCAGCACGAGACGAAAAAGAAGAAGCUGAACAAUGA